CCUGUCUGCAGUUCCUACAAGGCUCUUUCGCCGAAGACGCGCGCCGUCAUCGGUGUUGCGCUCAUGCUCAACGCAUCCGCAAUGCUGUUAUUUUCGGACCAGAUCGAAGCUUCCCUGGGAUUAGCUCCGCCCCCUGGCGACCAACCGAAGGUCUUUAAGGUAUACAGCGUGGAGCGGGAGACAAAGGGGUGA